AUGGGUAAAGAUUCAGAGAAGCUGUACCCAAGGGUUAACUCUCCCUCGGACUUGUCGUCCGUAAUGAGUAGGCACACGGAGGAAUAUGACCUCUAUGUGUCACAAUCAACACCUUCUGCGAUCAAUUUGACAGAGGGACAUCAAUUGAGAAAGGCAUUAGAUGCCAGACAUGUUACUAUGAUCGCUAUUGGAGGUGCUUUGGGUACUGGAUUGCUUAUUGGAACUGGGUCUGCCUUGAAAGCUGCAGGACCUGGUGCUAUAUUGGUAGCCUAUUCUGUCAUUGGUUUAACGGUUUUUAUGGUGAUGGCUGGUCUUGGUGAAGUUGCUACUUUCGUUCCACUUAACGGUUUUGCUAAUUAUUGUCAAAGGUACGUCGAUGAUGCGUUGGGUUUCGCAUGUGGAUAUACUUAUCUUUUCAAAUAUCUUAUUCUUCCUGCAAACCAACUAGUCGCAGGUUCCUUGACUAUGCAAUACUGGGUUAGUGCAGAAAAGUUAAAUCCUGGAGUAUGGAUCACAAUAUUUUUAAUAAUUAUCCUAGCUGUGAAUUUGCUUGGAGUUCGAUUCUUUGGAGAAAUCGAAUUUUGGUUAUCUUGUUUGAAGGUUAUUACCUGCCUUGGUCUUAUCUUAUUGUUAUGGAUUAUAGCACUUGGGGGCGGUCCAACACAUGAAAGGACUGGGUUUAGAUACUGGAGGAACCCAGGUGCCUUUUUACAUUAUCUGGAUUCAACGAAAGAUUUAUAUAUCGGUGGUUCAAAAGGCAGAUUUGUUGCAUUCGUCAGUGUCUUAGUGACUGCUGUUUUCGCUUAUUUGGGUACUGAAUUAUGUGGUAUAACUUUCGCUGAAUGUGCACGGCCAAGAAAGGCUAUUCCAAAGGCCAUUAAACUUACCUUUUACCGUAUUGUCAUUUUCUACUGUCUUUCGAUUUUGUUUUUGGGAAUGUGUGUUUCGUCCAAGGAUCCACUCUUAUUAUCAGCAUCUGGCAAUACGGCAAGCGCUUCACCGUUUGUCAUAGCAAUUAAAAAUGCAAAGAUUAAAGGAUUAGAUCAUGUUAUCAACGCAUGUAUCUUGUUGUUUGUUUUGUCAGCUGCAAAUUCAGAUAUGUAUAUUUGUUCACGUACAAUCUACGGAUUGUCAGUGGCAGGUUAUGCACCAAGGUUUUUCUCCAAGACUAAUAAAUUAGGGGUUCCAUAUUAUGGAAUCUGUUUGAGUUUCCUUUUCACCUUGCUCGCCUAUAUGACGGUUUCCAGUGGGGCAGGAGAGGUUUUCACUUAUUUUGUUAAUGUGGUCAGUUUAACAGGCUUGAUUGCUUGGGCAUGUAUUUUGACCAUUCACAUAAGAUUCAUGAGGGCCUGCAAAGUGCAAGGUAUUGAUAGAAAGAAAGAUUUAGCUUAUUGCUCUCCUUUGCAACCAUAUGGAUCUUAUUUUGCAUUAUCUAUCUGUAUUGUUGUUAUUUUCAUCAAGAACUUUACUGUUUUCUUGGGUAACGAGUUUACUUACAAGAGUUUUAUUACUGGCUACAUUGUUUUACCUGUCUUCCUUAUUAUGUAUUUUGGUUACAAGCUUAUCAAAAAGACAAGCAUUAUUCGUUCCCAAGAUGUCGAUUUAGAGACAUUUAGGGAUGUCGUAGAUGCAGAAGAAGAAAAGUUUGCAUCCGAAGAGCAGGAAAGAAAGGCUAUUAGGGAAGCAGAGGGAAAUCCAAAGGACAAAGAAUGGUUUUAUGAAAAAAUUUUUGGAUGGAUAUUCUAG